AAAGAAAUAUACAUUCCCUCUUUCUCUUUCUUUCUCACAACUCUAAAUUCUUAAACCCUAAUUUCUUUCUCACUCUUCUCAGUUCUCAAAUUUCACUCACUAUCACCAGCCCAAUUUCUUUCUCGUUUCUUUCCACUCUUUUUUUUUUCUUUCUCCCCAAUUUCCAAAUCUAAAUCUUAAAAGGAUUAAACCCCAGCCUCAAAACCAACGAUUGCAAGCCCCAAUCCAUCUACCAGCGGUAACGAGGAAGGCGAUUGCUGUUCUGUCGGCCAAGCAAGAAGCUCGAACAGGCAUCAACUCUCAGAUCUGGCAAUGGCUACAGCUCUAUUUGCAAAAAGAGCACCAUUCGCAAUUGAAGAAACCUCAGCUCUCUUCAGAAGUUCAUUCAGCUUUCUACGCAACAUUAGCACCACAACACCCAUCAACAGUUCUGCUGAAAAUGCUGUGGCAGCUGGUGGUGAAGCCAAGAAGCCAAAGAGGAAGAAGAAGAACUUGUUUGAGGUGGCCCAGUUUCUGCCCAACUGGGGUAUUGGCUAUCACAUGGCCAAAACGCACUGGACUGGUGUCUCUUAUGAGAUAACUAAAAUCAAUCUCUACAAAGACGGAAGGCAUGGCAAGGCUUGGGGAAUUGCUCAUAAAGAUGGUGUGCCAGUUGCAGAUGCCCCCAAGAAAAUAAGCGGGGUGCACAAGCGCUGCUGGAAAUAUAUUACAAACCCAAAAAGAACUGAAGAAAGUUCCCAGAAACAAGACCUGCCCGCUGCUUGACCCUGUUUAUUUGUUGAGAGGCACAAGUUUGCACGAAAAUUCUUGCCUUGAUAAGGUACAAGUGAAUUACGAGUGCUGAAUAGAGACAUUGUCCGAGAGAAGCAUAUCAUUGGAUCAUUAACCAUGCCAAUAUUUCGGUUCAGGUCCUGACAUAUGCUCCCUGUUGUUAUGGCAUAAUCCUGUGAAUUUUGGUUUUUCCAUCGUUCGGUAAAAUUAUUUGCCGGGGUUUGUUCAUACUCGCAGAAUUUGUUUUGGCAUAUGAUUUCAGAUGACUGCAUAUCGGAUUUUUAAUAACCUCAUGUUAGUAGUUAUUAUAACUUAUUUGGAGAAUAGUUAUUAUUAGGACUUGCCGUCGCAUAAAACCUAAGGUUUAGGUGUCAAUCGCAAGAAUAGAUUAAUUACAAGAAAUUUUCCGUUGUUCA